AUGGCCCCGAAGACGGCAACCCCGAAGAGCGCAGCAAUGGUCCGAGUGCCACUGGAACUGGAGCCAGUGCCGGAGCAUGUGAUUGAGGCAAUCACUGGAGAGCAGCUGGCGAUUGAUGUGGCCGCCCUGACUGGUCACACUAUUCAAGAAGUGAGGCUAGAAGGAGUGCAGACCACACUGGUCGCACUGUACAAGUCCGGUGGAGUGCGUGAAGGCAGACUGAACUUGCAGCGACUCAAGCCUCCUGUGCCCAGUGUUUCGAAUGAGCCGAAUGCCGCCUUGAAUGCUGUGCCCUGCGAGUCAGCCUGGGAGGCACGCCACUUGAUGAAUGAAACAAUGGUGCAGCACAGGCUGAGCAGGAAAGGUCCUGUGAGUGUGGAGGUGUCCAAUGCCUUCACAGCAAUGGACUGCGAAGUUGAGCUCACCCAUGUGUGGAAUAAGCUUGACCUCUACAUCACCACGGCACUGUUCAAGAGAGAAUGGGAUGAGAAUACGGCCCCAAUGCUGAGUGUCCUGUUGCCAGGGACGCGACGAGGUGGCACGACUGCCUGCAGAUUCUAUUACUCGGAUCAGCACUGGAAUGGUCCACUCAAUGAGCUCUUUAUGAACAUGCACUCGUUGGGUAGCCAGCCUGAGAUGAAUGGGCCCAACAACUGGAUGGUUGAGAGCACUUGGACUGGCAUGACAAAAGCCGGGCGGCUGCAACUGGAGUGUGGAAUGGAAAUGCCCGGCAUGGGCGAAAGAGAAUGCCACCGAUUCCUUGAUGAAUGUGUGCGACUGGCUAUGCUUGCCGUUGUCACCAACGGACUGUACACCACUGGAAUGUUGGACCUCUCAAGGUUCCCCUGCCACCAGUUGAAUGGCAGCUUCAAUGCCCUGAGCGCACUGCGCAAGACUGUGCAGCAGGCCAACCAGGGAGUGUCUGAGGAGAAUGCCAAUGACGAAGCGAUGGCCUUCAUUGCGUUCCGCGGCACAAAGACGGUAGCAUUGAGAAGGUGGGUCGCUGGCGGAGCAGGAGGACAUGCUCGAAUGAAACUGGCGAAUUACUUUAAUCGCCAAUUCGCUGGCCAUAUCAGCACUCAUGAAUUGGAUCGCAUGGUCCCGAUGACUGGUGGAUUGGAGCACGACUGUUCCACCUGGGACGAGAUCUAUGAGAAUGAGGACAAUGAGGCCGCCAAUGCUUGGAAUGCUCCUUCCCAAGCGAAAGGCUCGAAUGAUCGCAAUGUGGCGACUGCUCUCGCCCAGACUGCCAAUGCUCUCGAGCCUGGCGCGGAGAUUGUCCUGCGGAAGAAUGCCAAGGGCACUGUCAAGUGA